AUGUCAAAAGCAGGACGAAUUGAGGAAGAAGAAGAAGAAGAAGAUCCAACAGACAUAUUCGAUACAUCCCUAUCAUCCUUAUUCUCAAUCCCUCCUAUAGGUUUUGCACCGGAUCACAAUGGGUAUUUCACUUACAAUCCACCUAUCUCGGAUGCCCAUCACCAAGAUCCACAAGCGAUAACGCUCAAAAUACCUUCACCACCUUCAUCGCUCUACACCACUCUUCAAGCCCAACUCAUCUGGCCAUCAUCAAUCUACCUUGCCGAUCUGAUCUCCCUCGGAACGGUAGAUGUAGAAAACAAACAUGUGGUGGAAUUAGGCUCAGCAGCUGGGUUACCUGGUAUAGUUGCCAGUAUCAGGGGAGUGAAGAAGAUCGUAUCGACAGAUUAUGGGGUGAAAGAAGUGUUAGAUGUUUUAGAAGACAAUUUCAGAACGAAUAAUACGAAGAAUAACCAGGAUAGGUGGAAGGUGAAAGGUCAUUGUUGGGGAGACAGUGUUGAUGAUCUAGUAGAGUGCAUCUCACCAGAAUUAAUAAAGUCAAAUGGACUCGGGUCGAAAGUGAUCGACGCUCAGAAUGAGGAAGAUGGUCAUACAAUUAAUCAAACUACCAGAACCAAAUUCGAUAUCAUCCUAGCCGCAGAUGUCCUAUGGACCACCUCCACCCAUCAGAUACUCCUCGACUCCAUUAUCUCCCUCAUGGCAAAGGACGGUAUAACCCAUAUCACAGCUGGACUGCAUACCGGCCGAGGACCACUAGAGCGAUUCAUACAUUCCGCGGAAAAGAGGGGUUUGAGAAUGGAAUAUAAAGGUGAAGUUAGAUUGAAAGGCGAUAAAUCAUGGGAAGAGUAUAACCAAUCUAUGGCGGUAGAAGGAGAGGAAGAAAGAGGGGUGGUAGUUUGGUUUACACUUAGAUUAUGA